ACACAACUAGUUGUUUUCGUCCUCUUCUUCUUCUGCUGCUGCUGCUACUUAAUAGUUUUCUAUUUACUAGUCAGUCGGUUCACUACAAUUUAAUUCAAUUCAAUUCCAAGAAAAACAAGAAAUAUAAUGGAGUUGAAUCUCCUAAGCUACAUGUUUUGCAUCUUUGCCUUUCUUGUCUUAUUCCUCUUUGUCAUCAAUUCCCUCAUCACCAAGCUCUUCACUCCGGUUCGCCGGAAAUUCCCACUUCCACCGGGUUCCUUGGGCUGGCCUUACAUUGGAGAAACCUUCCAACUCUACUCUCAAAACCCAAAUGUCUUCUUUGCCUCUAAACAAAAGAGGUUUGGGUCAAUCUUCAAAACCCACAUCUUGGGUUGUCCAUGUGUGAUGAUUUCGAGCCCGGAAGCGGCCAAAUUCGUGCUUUCUCGAGCCCAUCUGUUCAAGCCAACUUUUCCGGCAAGCAAAGAGAGGAUGUUGGGGAAAGAAGCCAUCUUUUUCCACCAAGGAGAUUACCAUGCCCAAUUGAGAAAGCUUGUCCUUCGUGCCUUCAUGCCGGAAGCCGUCAGAAGUAUCAUCCCUGACAUUGAAUCCAUUGCCAAAGACUCUCUCAAGUCUUGCCAAGGCCGCUUGAUCAACUCCUUCCAAGAAAUGAAAACGUUCACAUUCAAUGUUGCACUCCUUUCUAUAUUUGGAAAGGAUGAGAUUCUGUACAGAGAGGAUCUGAAGAGGUGUUACUACAUUCUUGAGAAGGGAUACAAUUCAAUGCCCAUUAAUCUUCCAGGCACACUGUUUCACAAGUCAAUGAAAGCAAGGAAGGAGCUUGCUCAGAUCUUGGCCAAAAUUAUAUCUAAAAGGAGGCAAAGGAUGCAGGUGGAGGAGGAGGACCAUAAGGAUCUUCUCGGAUCAUUCAUGGGUGGCAAAGAAGGCCUCACGGACCAACAAAUCGCCGACAACGUUAUUGGUGUCAUCUUUGCUGCCCGUGACACCACGGCCAGCGUCCUGACUUGGAUUGUCAAGUACCUUGGGGAAAACCCAAGUGUGCUUCAAGCUGUCACUGAUGAGCAAGAAGCAAUAAUAAGGUCAAAAGAAGAGGAAGAGGAUAAAGUUCUGAGUUGGGCAGAUACCAAAAAGAUGCCCAUGACUUGUAGGGUUAUUCAGGAGACUCUUAGAGUUGCUUCCAUUUUAUCUUUUACUUUCAGGGAAGCUGUGGAGGAUGUUGAAUAUGAAGGUUAUCUGAUACCAAAGGGGUGGAAAGUUUUACCACUUUUCAGAAAUAUUCACCACAGCCCAGAAAUCUUUCCUGACCCUGACAAGUUUGAUCCUUCCAGAUUUGAGGUUGCUCCAAAACCCAAUACAUACAUGCCAUUUGGCAGCGGGAACCACUCAUGUCCAGGGAAUGAAUUGGCCAAGCUGGAGAUUUUGGUCUUUUUGCACCAUCUAACAACAAAGUACAGAUGGUCUAUUGUUGGUGCACAAAAUGGCAUACAGUAUGGCCCUUUUGCUCUUCCCCAAAAUGGCCUGCCCAUCAUAUUAUCUCCUAAAACUAUCAUAUAACCCCAUGAUACUCCCAAAACAGUCCGGGUCCCCAACUUUCAGACCCUGACCCUUGUGGCUGCGACUUGACAAACAAAUCAAGAAAUAUACAUUUCAUGCACGAGAGAGAGAGAGAGAGCGCGCGGGCUAGCCACAAAUCUUAUGCAUGAAGAAACCCAACCCCAUCCC